UAACUUUUUAAAUUUUUUUUAUUAAUAAUAAUUGUAAGAAUGAGUUAAAAUAAUAAUCUCAUAUUGAAAUAAAGAAUAUAAACACUUUUAUUAUUAAACUAUUUCACUAUAUAUAUACAUGUGUGUGUAUGUAUAUAUUUAAGAUUACUAUAAGUGCUCUCUAUAGGAACUAUUAAGAUACUAUUUUACUUCAAAUAUUGUGAACUUUACCUUUGUAUUACUAGAUAGCAGCUAUUUUAUACAAAGAAAAAGUAUGUAAGUAUAAUGUUAAUGUUACAGAAGAUAGGCACGUGUGUUUUUGUUAAAAAUGCAUUAAUGUUUUGUUAAGAACAUUGAUUUUUUCAUUUCACUUAUAUUACAAAAUAUACUUUUACUCAAUAUAAAACUUUCACGCGUAUCAAGUGCAUGAAUAAAGAUGGAAUAUAAUGCCUUUCGAGAUUAUUGUAAAGCUGAAAAUAGCGAAGAUGAAGAAAUGAAUCAUGAUCUACAAUCACGAUUAUAUGCUGAAAUUUAUUAUAGUUCAAAUGAUACAAAGAAUGUGGAUACAAAAAUAAAUAUUAAAUUAGAAGAUAUUAAUAAUGAUGAUAAAACGCUUCAUAAAGAUAUAAAUAGCAGUCAAAUUAGUGAUAUUCAUAUAAAAAAUGAUCCUGAUAAAAAAACUUGUCCAAUAAAUGAAUCGGCAAAUAAUUCAAUAUUGAUAGAAAAAGAUAAUAAACCAGAUAUUACAUCUAUUUGCAUUACAAAUGAAGUUAAUCAAUCAUUAUGUGAGGAUGCAAAUAACAAAAAUAAUUCAGAUAUAUCUCAUGUGAAAAUUUUGAAAGAAGAAAAUAUUGAACCUUUAAAAGAUAAUGAACAAGUAAUAACAUGUCAUAAAAUAGAACAUGAUGAAAAUAAUUCAGAUUAUCAGAACAUUCAUAAUAUUGAAAAAGAUAUAAAUAUAAGACCAAAAUCAGAAAAUGAAAUUAAAGAAGAAUUAAAACCUUUACAAUGCUUAAAUAAUGAAACAAUUAUAAAUCAAGAUACUUUACAUUCUACAAAAGAUAAUAUUGAAAAUAAUAAUGAGAAAUGUCAUGAAAUUAUGAAUAAUGGAACAAAAAUUGAUAACAUUUUUAAAAAAUAUGAAUUUUCCAAAUCAUUUAUUAAUAAUUUGUAUUUAAAAAAAUAUGAAAAUCUAAAAAAAAGACUGCAAGAAAUAGAAGAAGAAAAACAAAAAAGUUUAAGAGAAAAUGAACGUGUUAAAGAAAAUAAAGAAAAUCAGCAGCAAAUCAUUAUUGAACAAGAGUUACAUGCAAAAUCUAUAAAUGACGUAGAAGCAAAUACAAAAUAUGAAAUACUUACUAGAUCUGACAAGUUACAAAAGAAAGUUAAUUAUUCAGAAGAAAUAACAUUGCUAUCGUCAGAUACAGAAAGUGAUUCUGAAGAAUCUAUUUUAGAAGUUCCUAUUCCACCAAAACCUCAACCACCUGUCAUAAAUUUACAAGAUUCAGAUGAAAAUUCUGAAACAUCAAGUGAUAAUAGUGACAUAGAUGAAGAAUCUUCAUUUAUUAUAGAAAAAAAAAAUGAUUUGGUAGGAAAUACCAAAAAGAAAACUGUUGUAAUUGAUCAGAAUUCAGAUAAUAGUAAUUCAGUCAUAGAUUUUAUUGAUGAUACACCAACAAUAGAAAAUAUAGUACUUAAUUGUACAGAAGUACAGAAAGGUGCUUCAAGUAUAAAAGAAAUAAUGGAAAUGAGUAAAAUUGUUCAAUCAGAUCAACACUUUAAUAAAGAUACAAAUUCUUGUGAGAAACAUAAUUCUUCUAAUGAAAAAGAAAUUUAUAUUAAAGAUUUUAAUAAGUCUGAUGAUUUAUUCAUAUCUAACAAUGAUAAAGACAAUAAAUCUAAUUUUCAAUCAUCAUCAAAAACAAUUAAUGAUAAGAAUAUUAUGUAUGAAAGAGAUAAGAAGGAAUUAAAUAAUUUUGCAAACGAUGUAAUAGUAUCAAAUUUCGUUAAUUCCAAAGAAUUGAUUUCAAAUAGAAAAAGACAUCAUGAAAAUGAUAAUGAACCUUCCACGAGUGAAAGUAAACGUUCUAAAUUAAGUUGUGAAGAAGAUAGUAGUAAAGAUAAAACUAAUGAAGACUCAUGGGCAGAAUAUUUUUUUCGUCCUAUGUCACAAGAUCUUAAAGCUUUUUAUGAAUUCCAAGGACAAGAAAACUUUGAUAUAGGAGAAAUUCAAAGUAAAAUGUCAAAGGACCCAAGACUUUGGGCUAUUUUAGAUGAAGACCUGAUGCCGAAUUUAUUAAAAAAUAAAAGAUAUUGGAAUAUGAAAUGUACUAAUUGUCAUCAACCAGGUCACCAAAAACAUAAUUGUCCAGAGCCAUACAAACCUCUUCGAUGUUAUAUGUGUGGUAUUCAAGGACAUAUAGAAACUCGAUGUCCUCAAAAAAUGUGUCUCACGUGCGGUAGAAAACAAAAUACAUUUAGAAAAACUUGUGAGUCUUGUGUUGUAUUAUAUUGUAAUACAUGCAAUGCUAUAGGACAUGAAUCAACUGAAUGUCCAGAUCUUUGGAGAAGAUUUCAUCAAACAACACGAACAUCAGAGAUAAAUAUACCACAAAAUUUAUCUGAAGUUAUGAAACCUGCAGACUUAUUAUAUUGUUGUAAUUGCACGAAGCGAGGUCAUGAUUCUUCUACAUGUAAUGAAUAUCGAUGGUCACAACAUUUUCCGACACCAGCAUUUGUAUCAGAUUAUACAGGAAAACCAGAAGAAAAAUCCAGUCAAUCAGAACAAACAACCAAUCAAAUUUCUGUUCGUGAAAAUGAAGACAUGAUACCAUUAACUAAUAAAAAAAAUAAAUGUAUGAUAUUUCUUGAAGGUAAAGAUGAUCUAGAAAAUUCUUUUGUUGUAUACUCAUAUGGAAAAUUUUAUACGAAAAAGCCUAAUGGCGAGGAAAUUAAACGAAAACUUUUGGGUGAACAAAUUCAACCUUCUCAUAUAACAAAUCUUUUAAAAGGUCGAGUUUCUCCACAUUUCUUAGAUGAGUUAAUAAAAAUAAUUCAAUUUGAAAUUAAAAUAUAUUAUAAUUCAAACAAAGAACUAAUGUUAAGAGUUCGUACUAUAGCAAAUAAUGCUGUAAAUAUAAUAAAAAUAUUCAUUUUUUGGCUUAAACUUAAUGAUGAAGAUAAGAGUCUAAAAAUGCAUAUAAAUUUACCUCGUAAUAGAAAGAAAUUACUUAAGUUUUUGAUACAAGAAAUAGGUGAAAUAAAAAGAAAUUUAAAAGAUCCUAAUCAUCUUUGUACUGAAAUAGAUCAAUUAAAGAAAUCAAUGACUGAGAUUCAAGAUUCUGCAAUAUCCAUUUCUACUUCAAAAAAAAUCAUAAAUCUUCGAAGUGAAUUGCUAAAAAUAUUUCAUACAUUACCUAACUAUAAUCAAUUAUUUAAAAAAUUAAAAAAAAUGAUUAGAUAUUUAGAUAAAUCACCAAACAAUGAUGUAAAUAUAGGAAUAUAUUUACAUAUUAUUGUUAUUUAUAAUCAAAUAUUUAUACCUCGUGCAUUGACAGAUAUUGAAUUAAAACGUCUUCUUAAAGUACAUUAUAAACAGAAAGAAAAACAACUUAAAAAUGAAAAAAAAAAGAUUCAAACUAAAAAGCCAAAAGACAAGAAACUUUCUUUUUAUGAAUCAUUCAUAGAAAGUUUGCAAAAAUUUAAUAAUUCUAAAAAAACAUGUAAUAUCACAAAAAAUAGUGAUGCAUGUUCAUCAAAAAACGUUGAAAUAAAAGAUAAACAAGUACCUACUAUUCUUUCUGUAGAAAAUAUUCUGGUAAAUAAGAUGCAAACGUAUAAUGCAGAAAAUGUUUCUAUUAAAAUACACAAUGUAGAAAAUAAUAUUACAGAAUCUACUGAUAAGCCUAUACAAUUACCACAUAAUCAGAAUAUCUCAAAUAAUAAUGAAAUAACAAAUCCUAUACAAAAAUCAGAUUUAAAAAUUAUUUCAUCAAAUUUAAUUCCUAUAACUCUUCAAAAAUCUAUAUGUACUAAUGUAACAUCAAGGACAUCUAAGAAUGUACCUUGUGCCAAAAUAAAACCCUCAGGAAAUACAGAGAAAAAUUUAGAAAUAAUGAAUAGUAAUAAUGAAAAAGUAAAAACAAGUAAUUUACAACAACAAGAUAAUAUAAUUGAUUCUGAAAUAAAUAUUCUCAAAAAGAAAAAAUCCAAGAAAGCAAAAAAGGCAAAAUUAGAUCUUGAAAAUAAUUCAGAUAUUAUAGAAGAUCAAGUAGUAAAUGUUGGUACAUCUAUAGAGAAUAAAGCCAAUGAAAUCAUAAAUGAAGCUCUUGAAUUUAAUGUACCAUAUAUGAAUAAAGCUGUUGAAGAGAUUAAGAAAAGAAUAAAUGAUAAAAAUCUUAAACAAGAACAUAUUGAUACUUUAAUAAGACUAGUAAAUUUGGAAAAAGAUCACAGGAAAUAUGUAAGUUCAUUUUGUAAUUAUUUGCAAUAAACUUUAUUUUUAAAAUAAGAAAUAAUAGUCUUUAUUAAAAGCUUUCAUUAUAUACUGAUAUGCUAAAUGGAUAAAAUAAAGAUCUAUUGGCAUUUUAAAUAAAUAAAUUUAUAAUUUUUUUUCAAAUAUCCUUUAAUAUUAUUAAUAUUCAUAAUUAAAUAAAAAAUAAAAUUCAUUUUUAAAUAAUAAAACUGCAAUAAGCCUUACAUUGUAUGCAAUUAUCAUAGUUGUAUUCUCAUUUAAAUUAGUAUCUUUAUGAUUAAAUACCUUUUACUAAAGAUUAUACUUACAAUAUUUUUAAUUCAAUAAUAUUAUUCAAUAAUGCUUAAUUUAUAUAUUUAAAUAAUAAGUUUAAAAUAGGUAUAAAUAUAAAUUUUAAGAAUUUAUUAUUAAUUGACAGUAAUAAUAAUCUCAAUUAUAAUACAUUUAUAAUAUUAGUUUUUAUUUAGAAUAAUUUAAUAUUUUAAAAUAUUAAGAUAAAAAACUUUAGUACAUAUAAAUUAUAUCUUUGUCUAUUUUUUUUUGUAAAUAAAAAAAUUUUGUUUAGAUAAAUAUGUAUUUUAUAUUCCUUAUCCUAUAAUUAUAUUAUAAUAGAACGCUUUAAUGCUAUUUAAUAUAUAUAAUGAAUUAUUAUAUUAAUUAUAAAAAUAAUGCUAAUAUUAUAUUUAUAUUUAAUUUUAUUUUUAGUUUUUGGAAUUAAUAUCUUCUGUAUCUUAAUGUUCCAAAAAUAUAUUACGUAUUAUGGAAAGGAAUUCAAAUUUUUAAUGAAUCAUAUGUACAUACACAUGUUAAUAUCAUGCUGUUUAAUAUAUAUAAUGAAUUGAUGAAUUAUUUAUACUAAUAUAAUUAAAAUAAGAGUUAAAAUUAUAUAUCUUCUUCAUUAUUUCUUCAUCGGUGGAGGUCCUCCCAUAGGUGGUGGUGGUCCAUUCAUUGGAGGCCUCAUUGGACCCAUAGGUCCCAUAGGACCCAUCAUUGGUCCCAUUGGUCCCAUAGGUCCCAUCAUAGGUGGUCUCAUACCCAUCAUAGGUGGCAUUGGUCCAUGUGGUCCCAUCAUCAUUGGACCUCCAGGACCCAUUGGACCACCAGGAUGCAUGCCUGGAGGUGGCAUCAUACCUGGUGGACCCUGUGGUGGUACCCCAGGUCGUGGACCAAGAUUUGGAGGUGGUGGAAUUGCUGCUCCUUUAUUUGCUGCAAAAGGAUUAGAAGCAAUUUUUCCAGCUUUGAAUGCUGCUGUUGUUGCAUCAAUUAAAUGUUGUGCUUGUUCUUCCAUCCAUUUUUGAUAAAAAUAUUUAACAUUGUCCUUAUGUUUACGACCCUGACAAUGAGUUUUUCGUACACUCGGUGAAUCAUGUGUUAAAUACGUAUCACAAUAAUCACAAUAAUAUUUUGGCAUGGUUCAUUUAAAUUAAUAUUAAUCAAAUAACAUAAAAAGUAUGUUUUUUUACAAUAUGUUACACAAUUUUUUAUUAUUAUAUUAAUUUUUCAAUUUUAAUGGUUAAUUAUAGGUUAUAUACAUGCGUCUUUUAUAAUCAAACUUCAAUU